AACCCUCUCCACAUCCGCUUUCCAGACACUUCUCCCCAUCCCGUCCAACAUCUCCGUCUCGAGCGUCGUCACAGUUCCACUCGCGCCAUGGGCAAGAUUAAGAUCGGAAUCAACGGUUUCGGAAGGAUCGGAAGGCUCGUCGCCAGGGUCGCCCUCCAGAGCGACGAUGUCGAGCUCGUCGCCGUCAACGACCCCUUCAUCACCACUGAGUACAUGACCUACAUGUUCAAGUACGACUCCGUGCACGGCCACUGGAAGCACAGCGACAUCAAGCUCAAGAACGACAAGACUCUCCUCUUCGGCGAGAAGGCAGUUGCCGUCUUCGGCGUCAGGAACCCUGAGGAGAUCCCAUGGGCUGAGGCUGGUGCCGACUACGUCGUGGAGUCCACCGGUGUCUUCACUGACAAGGACAAGGCUGCUGCUCACUUGAAGGGUGGUGCCAAGAAGGUGGUCAUCUCUGCUCCAAGCAAAGACGCCCCUAUGUUCGUUGUUGGUGUCAAUGAGGACAAGUACACUUCAGACGUUAACAUUGUCUCAAAUGCUAGCUGCACCACUAACUGUCUCGCUCCCCUAGCUAAGAUCAUUAAUGACAACUUUGGUAUUAUUGAGGGUCUGAUGACCACUGUUCAUUCCAUCACUGCCACCCAGAAGACUGUUGACGGACCCUCAAGCAAGGACUGGAGAGGUGGGAGGGCGGCAAGCUUCAACAUCAUCCCCAGCAGCACCGGCGCUGCCAAGGCUGUUGGCAAGGUUCUUCCUGAGUUGAACGGCAAGCUUACCGGUAUGUCAUUCCGGGUUCCCACAGUUGAUGUGUCAGUUGUUGAUCUCACUGUUAGAAUCGAGAAGGCUGCAUCAUAUGAGGACAUCAAGAAGGCCAUCAAGGCUGCAUCUGAGGGAAACCUCAAGGGCAUCAUGGGUUAUGUUGAGGAGGAUUUGGUCUCCACUGACUUCAUUGGGGACAGCAGGUCGAGCAUCUUUGACGCCAAGGCUGGAAUUGCUCUGAACGACAACUUCGUCAAGCUUGUCUCGUGGUACGACAACGAGUGGGGUUACAGCAACCGUGUCGUCGACCUGAUCCGCCACAUGGCCAAGACACAGUAGGGUGUUCUGCUUUUCUUCUGGGCGGCAAGGCCUGAUCCGCCACAUGGCCAAGGCACGGUAGUGUUCCGCUUCUCUUCUGGGCGAGUCGGAGACGAGCCUUUUCUUUGUCUAUGCAGAGAGAAUAAAUCUGGACGGCGUUGGCAGACGCCGAGUUCAUGCUUAGUUGGACAUAAGUUGCCUUCUGUUUUCCGUAUCUACUACUACUGCCUGUAAUGGAGUUGCUAAUCAAGAACUCGUUUUUGCUCGUUUGUGAAAAAAUAUAUAUCGUUCAGUUCCGUCGUU